AUGGGCAAAUCCGGUCGGGCGUACGUUCAAGGCGACAUGCUCCAGCGUCAUCGCGAGGAUCAUACGCUCAGCAUCUUCAAAGCCGAGUCCGGUGAGGAGGCGUUUGUCCUCAAGCGCGUACCUAGGCCGUUCUACGAUCUGUCACUGCGCCUCGCAGCCGAGUUUACAGGGUCUCGUCGGCUUCGAAUGCACAUUGAUUGCAACCCAGAAGAAGGCAUUCUAGUCUAUCCAUAUUUUAGAGGCACCCUGCUUGACCUCGUACAGGAAGACCCGGACUUCCCUCCAGCAGAACGAAGAAAGAUACUGCGACGCGUAGGAGAGGCAAUACAAGAACUUCAUGCCAAGGACUGGAUGCACACUGAUGUGAAGCCUGAUAACAUACUGGUUAAUUGGACUUGCGACAAAGAGGGUACCAAAACAGUCACCGAUGUGGCCCUAGGCGAUUUUGAUAUCGCUUCCAAGUCGGACACUGGAGAGCCCUGUCGAACCCCUUUUGCAGUAGGAAACGUUAUGUGGCGAAGCCCAGAAGGACAGACUGGAAGGGGUGUGACCAAGGCGUCGGAUUUGUUCUCGUUUGGACUAGUAUGCAUAUAUGCUCUUGGAGAGUCUAGAGUCGCAAGCCGCAUCACGACACACCCACAGCAUCCGAGGCACUCGGCGAAGGAAGCCACCAUGAGCAAUUACCGCCCCUCGUACUCAAACGGCCGCAACGGCCGGCGAGAUGAUCACCGCAACAAGAGGCCAUACUAUGACGCUCCUCCCCCGCCACCAUCACAUGCCGCGCCCCCUCCUCCUCCUGGCCCCCCAGGUAGAGACACCUGGCGCCAUCGCGAUAGUGAUCGCGACUACCGAAGAUCUGCCUCCCCUCGGCGCGACAGCUAUCAACCUUCAUAUAACGGGCCCCGCGACAGCAGGCGAUCCGAUGCGUACAAUCAGCGCGACCCGCGUCCGCCCCAGGGCGACUUCAACUUCCGGUUCGACAAGCCCGCUGGCGUCGGCGAGUCCUUCACCGAUUCAUAUCGCCCAGGAGGAGGCGCGCCGCCAAGAAGGAUGGCUCAGCCUCGUGGACGCGGUCGUGGAGGAUAUCGCGGACGCGCCAGAUUCAAUCCUGCCGAGCGUGAACUGCUGCGCAAAGACAACAGCGAGGUGCAGGAGAAAUUGGUUGGCGAAGACGAUGGCGCGAAAUAUCGCAACAUUGACGAACUGUCGGACGAUGAAGAGACAGACAUGGACAUCUCGGAUCAGUCUGAUGGCGAUGCCGAUGAACCCUCGAGCAAGCGCAGGCGCCGGGAGCACGGGAACGCGACGGCUGGCGACAGUGCCCCCAAGUGGUCAAACCCUGACGCCGAGACGGCUUUGCCACCGGAAGACGUACAUCGCAAGAAAAAGGACAUGGUCGCCAUGAUCCGCAAGGCGCGCAUGGAGGAUCAGGCGGCCAACAAACUGGCUGCCAGCACCGAGGCUGAGGAUUUCAUUUCAUUCGAUCUGGGCGACGACGAUGAGGGGGAAAUCAGGAUCAAUGGGAGCGCCAGCAACAAUGCUUCUGGAUCCAGUGGGCGUCAACAGCGGCCGCAGCAUUCAACUGAUUCGGCCGAGCAGAAUGGGCGCCUUCCUGCCGACACGUCACUGCCUCCAAAGCCUCCCCUGCCACCAAGUCCAGGUUCUAAACCCCGCUCCAUGGCAUCUGUCCCCGAUAACUCUGACCCCUUGGGCUCGCGCAAGCGCACCUUUGACGACGAGAUCAAGCCUCCUUCCUACGGCGCACUAAAGAAGGUCAACAAAAUGCCUGUCCGCGGCAACGUCGUCCCUGAAUGGGAACCCGUUCGUGAGGAGGACGAUUGUCCCUGGAUUAUUGCGGACCAUUCUCAAACCUCUGACAUGAGUGUUUGGCUUCACAAGGAGAUUGUAGACUUUUACGAGCAUGUGCGCCCUCGCGAUUUUGAGCAGCGUAUGCGAGGCGAGCUGAUUGAACGCAUCCGUGACUCACUUCGCCGCAAUCCCAAGUACCGCGGCUGCGAAGUUCACCCAUUCGGGUCCUACAUGUCCGGUUUGUACCUGCCCACUGCCGACAUGGACAUUGUUAUCUGUUCAAAGGAAUGGCUCUCCGGCCGCAUGACUGCCUUCCCUGGCGGCAGCUCCUUAUACAAAUUCCGGGGCUUCCUCACACAAAAUCGGCUUGCCGACCCCUCGUCCGUGGAGGUUAUUGCCAAAGCCAGAGUGCCUCUGGUGAAGUACAUUGACGCCGUCACUGGUUUGCGUGUCGAUAUCUCGUUCGACAGAAUGGAUGGUCCUGCUGCUAUCAAGACAUUUCUGGACUGGAAGGAGCAGUACCCCGCUCUGCCCAUCCUCGUCACCAUCAUCAAGCACUUCCUCGCCAUGCGUGGGCUCAAUGAGCCUGUCAACGGCGGCAUCGGCAGUUUCUCCAGCAAGAACCUCGUCCCAGAGCAUCAUCUCGGCGAGAUGCUCAUGGAAUUCUUUGACCUUUAUGGCAACAGGUUCGACUACAAGACCACGGCGAUUCGCAUUAACCCACCUGGUUAUUCAUCCAGAGACCAUAACCUGACGUACAAGAACAGAGACCGCCUGUCGAUCAUCGACCCCAACAAUUCCUCGAAUGACAUUUCUGGCGGCUCGAGCAAUGUUGGAAUCAUCUUCUACGAUUUCCACUCGGCGCACCGCAUGGUCAAGGAGCGCAUGGCCGAGCUUUCCAAGGGAGGUGGCCACGGCACCAACACGGCGAGUAUUCUUGAGACGAUUCUCGCGGGGAAUUACUCGUCAUUCCGCCUGCAGCGUGGUCAUCUGCGACUUCUUCAUGAGAAGCACAUCGGUCCCUGCGACGACUAG